AUGCCAUCAGGAGCUUGGGAAGAAAGGGUCUCCCUAUCCAGUAUGGACAGAAAAGUCGCCGUCCAUGAAGAUGGGUAUCCUGUGGUCUCUUGGGUCCCUGAGGAGGGAGAGAUGAUGGACCAGAAAGGCGAGGACCAGGUGAAGGAUCGCGGCCAAUGGACCAACAAGAUGGAGUUUGUGCUGUCAGUGGCUGGGGAGAUCAUUGGGCUAGGCAAUGUCUGGAGGUUUCCCUAUCUCUGCUACAAGAACGGAGGUGGAGCGUUCUUCGUGCCCUACUUCAUCUUCUUCUUCAGCUGUGGCAUCCCAGUCUUCUUCCUGGAGGUGGCCCUGGGCCAGUACAGCAGCCAGGGGAGUGUUACUGCUUGGAGGAAGAUCUGUCCCCUCCUCCAAGGCAUUGGCAUGGCAUCGGUGGUCAUUGAGUCUUACUUGAACAUCUACUACAUCAUCAUCCUCGCCUGGGCUCUCUUCUACCUGUUCAGCUCCUUCACCUCUGAGCUGCCCUGGACAACCUGCAGCAAUUCCUGGAACACAGAGCAUUGUGUGGACUUCCUGAACCACUCAGCAGCCACAGGAGUGAACCACUCUGAGAACGUCACCUCGCCUGUCAUGGAAUUCUGGGAGAGACGGGUACUGGGUAUUACAUCGGGCAUCCAUGACCUGGGGUCCCUGCGCUGGGAGCUGGCCUUGUGUCUUUUGCUUGCCUGGAUCAUCUGCUACUUCUGCAUCUGGAAGGGGGUCAAGUCCACGGGCAAGGUUGUCUAUUUCACAGCCACUUUCCCCUACCUGAUGUUGAUUAUUCUCCUCAUCCGGGGCAUCACCCUUCCUGGAGCCUACCAGGGCAUCGUCUUCUACCUGAAGCCAGACUUGCUGCGCCUCAAGGACCCCCAGGUGUGGAUGGAUGCGGGCACCCAGAUCUUCUUCUCCUUUGCCAUCUGCCAGGGGUGCCUGACGGCCCUGGGCAGCUAUAACAAGUACCACAACAACUGCUACAGGGACUCCAUAGCCCUCUGCUUCCUGAACAGUGCUACCAGCUUCGUGGCUGGGUUUGUCGUCUUCUCCAUCCUGGGCUUCAUGUCUCAAGAGCAGGGAAUACCCAUUUCUGAAGUGGCUGAGUCAGGUCCUGGUCUGGCCUUCAUUGCCUUCCCCAAAGCUGUGACAAUGAUGCCUUUGUCCCAGUUAUGGUCCUGCCUUUUCUUCAUCAUGCUCCUGUUUCUAGGGCUGGACAGCCAGUUCGUCUGUAUGGAGUGCUUGGUGACCGCUUCCAUGGACAUGUUCCCCCAGCAGCUCCGGAAGGGCGGCCGGCGUGAGCUGCUGAUCCUGGGUGUUGCAAUUGUGUGCUACUUGAUGGGGCUUCUUCUGGUCACUGAGGGCGGGAUGUACAUCUUCCAGCUCUUUGACUACUACGCCUCCAGUGGCAUAUGCCUGCUCUUCCUGUCCUUGUUUGAGGUGGUCUGCAUCGGCUGGGUAUACGGGGCCGACCGUUUCUACGACAACGUUGAGGACAUGAUUGGCUACCGGCCAUGGCCCUUGGUGAAGAUCUCCUGGCUCUUCCUGACCCCUGGUCUUUGCCUGGCCACAUUCAUCUUCUCCUUGAGCAAGUACACACCUCUCAAAUACAACAAUGUCUACGUGUACCCUUCUUGGGGAUACUCCAUUGGAUGGCUCUUGGCUUUCUCCUCCAUGGCCUGUGUGCCACUCUACAUCAUCAUCACCCUUCUGCAGACCCAGGGUUCCUUCAAGAAGCGCCUUCAAAGACUCAUCACACCGGACCCCAGUCUGCCCCAGCCAGGGCGGCGUCCACCUCAGGAUGGCACUUCUGCUCAGAACUGUUCGCCCUCGCCAGCUAAGCAAGAACUCAUUGCCUGGGAGAAGGAGACACAUUUGUAGGACGUGCCAGAGGCCAGGUGGCUCCAGAGCCAGGGGCCUGGUCAAGGCUACCUCCUCCCAGGGAUAACCUCUGCCUCCAGCUUGUUGAGACCUUGGAGGUCUCCGGACACCCCCUGGCAGGAACCACUCUUCUGUUCAGCUGGAACAGCUUGUCAACAGCUUGUCACUUCUCAGUC